GAGCCAACUUCAGGCUGCUCGGAGGAAGCCCGUGCAAGUCACCUGGGCGCCAGCGCUGCCGCUCGGGCUCUCCCCCUGCAGGGAGAGCGGCACUCGCCGGCCUGGAUGUGGCUGGAUGUGGGGGGACUCCGCAGCCAGGGUGUCGUGGCGGUGACAAGCGCUGCAACAGGUAGACAGCGAGCGGAGGACCCCGGCCGAGGCAGUGUAUAAAGGAGCUUUAAUAUGGGAGAGAGCUUAAGAGCGAGGAAGGAAGCCACGCUCUUGAGUAGAAGUGGAUCCCAAGAAAAGGUUACCCAGCAAUGGAAACCAAAGGCUACCACAGUCUCUCUGAAGGUCCAGAUAUGGAACGACGCUGGGGUCAAGCUUCUCAGCCGGUGGAGCGUCCUUCACUCGGACCUGCAGAGCCCACUGAUGAGAACAACUACAUGGAGAUUGUCAACGUCAGCUGUGUUUCCGGUGCUACUCCAAACCACAGUACUCAAGGAAGCAGCAAGGAAAAACACGAGCUACUCCCUUGCCUUCAGCAAGACAGUGGUCGGUCUGGGAUUUUAACAUCUGAUAUUAAAACCGAGCUGGAAUCCAAGGAGCUUUCCGCCACGGUGGCUGAGUCAAUGGGUUUGUACAUGGAUUCUGUGAGAGAUGCCGAGUACACCUAUGAUCAGCAGAACCAGCAAGGAAGCGUGAGCCCAGCAAAGAUUUACCAGAACAUGGAGCAACUGGUGAAGUUUUACAAAGAGAACGGCCACCGGGCCUCCACGCUCAGCGGAAUGAGCAGGCCUUUGAGGUCGUUCCUGCCUGACUCCGGGGCCUCCGUGAACGGUGGGGUCUUGCGCGCCGCUGUGAAGAGCCCGAUCAUCUGUCACGAGAAGAGCCCCUCCGUUUGCAGCCCGCUGCACAUGCCAUCUUCCGUGUGCAGCCCCGCGGGCAUCAGCUCCAUGCCCUCCUCCACAGCGAGCUUUGGCAGUUUCCCAGUGCACAGCCCCAUCACUCAAGGAACUCCUCUGACAUGCUCCCCCAGUGUCGAAAACCGAGGCUCGCGGUCCCACAGCCCCGCACACGCUAGCAACGUGGGCUCCCCUCUCUCCAGUCCGUUAAGCAGCAUGAAGUCCCCCAUCUCCAGCCCUCCGAGCCACUGCAGUGCAAAGUCUCCCGUCUCCAGUCCCAACAACGUUCCUCUGCGCUCCUCUGUGUCCAGCCCGGCGAAUCUGAACUCAAGGUGCUCCGUUUCCAGCCCUUCCAACACCAACAACAGAUCCACGCUCUCCAGCCCGACAGCCAGCACAGUGGGCUCCAUCGGCAGCCCCGUCAGCAACGCCUUCGGCUACGCCGCUUCAGGCGCCUCCGCUGGAGCCGCUGCCCUCCAGGACGUGGUUCCCAGUCCAGACGCCCACGAGAAAGGUGCUCACGAAGUUCCUUUCCCCAAGACAGAGGAAGUCGAGAAGGCCAUCUCCAACGGUGUGGCUGGCCAGCUCAGCAUUGUCCAGUACAUAAAACCAGAACCAGAUGGGGCCUUCAGCAGCUCCUGCCUGGGAGGAAACAGCAAAAUCAACCCCAGUUCGCCAUUCUCGGUACCAAUAAAGCAAGAAUCAACCAAGCACUCAUGUUCAGGCGCCUCUUUUAGAGGGAACCCCGCGGUCAACCCAUUUCCGUUCAUGGACGGCUCAUAUUUUUCCUUUAUGGAUGAUAAAGACUACUAUUCCCUAUCAGGGAUUUUAGGACCACCUGUGCCCGCCUUUGAAGGCAGCUGCGAGGGCAGCGCAUUCCCAAUGGGGAUUAAGCAAGAACCAGAAGAUGGAAGCUAUUACCCCGAGGCCGGCAUCCCAUCCUCUGCCGUCGUUGGGGUGAAUUCGGGUGGACAGUCCUUUCACUACCGGAUUGGUGCUCAAGGGACAAUAUCUUUAUCACGGUCACCUAGAGACCAAUCUUUCCAACACUUGAGUUCCUUUCCACCCGUCAAUACGUUAGUGGAGUCGUGGAAACCGCACGGCGACCUGUCAUCUAGGAGAAGUGACGGAUAUCCGGUCCUAGAGUACAUUCCAGAAAACGUGUCAAGCUCUACUUUACGAAGUGUUUCUGCUGGGUCCUCGAGACCUUCCAAGAUCUGCCUGGUGUGCGGUGACGAGGCUUCGGGGUGCCACUACGGGGUCGUGACGUGCGGCAGCUGCAAAGUCUUCUUCAAAAGAGCGGUGGAAGGGCAACACAACUAUUUAUGUGCUGGAAGAAAUGACUGCAUCAUUGAUAAGAUUCGGCGAAAGAAUUGUCCUGCCUGCAGACUCCAGAAAUGUCUUCAAGCUGGUAUGAACUUAGGAGCUCGAAAGUCAAAGAAGCUGGGGAAGUUAAAAGGCCUUCAUGAGGAGCAACCACAGCAGCCCCCCCCACCACCACCCCAGAGCCCGGAAGAGGGGACCACGUAUGUCGCUCCGACCAAGGAGCCCUCCGUGAACUCUGCACUGGUCCCCCAGCUCACCUCCAUCACCCGCGCACUCACACCGUCCCCAGCCAUGAUCCUGGAGAACAUCGAGCCCGAGAUCGUGUACGCGGGCUACGACAGCUCCAAGCCUGACACUGCGGAGAACCUGCUCUCCACACUCAACCGCCUGGCAGGCAAACAGAUGAUCCAGGUCGUGAAGUGGGCCAAGGUACUUCCAGGAUUUAAAAACUUGCCUCUUGAGGACCAAAUUACCCUCAUCCAGUAUUCUUGGAUGUGUCUAUCAUCAUUUGCCUUGAGUUGGAGAUCGUACAAACAUACGAACAGCCAAUUUCUCUACUUUGCACCAGACCUAGUCUUUAAUGAAGAGAAGAUGCAUCAGUCUGCCAUGUAUGAGCUGUGCCAGGGGAUGCGCCAGGUCAGCCUUCAGUUCGUGCGCCUGCAGCUGACCUUCGAGGAGUACUCCAUCAUGAAGGUGCUGCUGCUACUAAGCACAGUUCCAAAAGAUGGCCUCAAGAGCCAGGCUGCAUUUGAAGAGAUGAGGACAAAUUACAUCAAAGAGCUGAGGAAAAUGGUCACCAAGUGUCCCAACAAUUCCGGACAGAGCUGGCAGAGAUUCUACCAACUGACCAAGCUUCUAGACUCCAUGCAUGAUCUGGUAAGCGACCUGCUCGAAUUCUGCUUCUACACCUUUCGAGAGUCCCAGGCUCUGAAGGUGGAGUUUCCCGCCAUGCUGGUGGAGAUCAUCAGCGACCAGCUGCCAAAGGUGGAGUCCGGGAACGCCAAGCCCCUUUACUUUCACAGGAAGUGAUGGAAGAUGUCAGUCAGGAAGAACUCUGCCUUAAGUUCUACACCUACGAAGGACCCAAGAAAUCACAUGUUAAAUGUGAUUGUUGAUUCACACUCGUUCAACGGUUUCUCAAGUUUAAAAUCACAUCAAGGGUCUGGAGGCCAGAAAGCCAUGAGACGUGGAUUUGGCAAGGCCUGAGCUGGCUAAAAGACUCUUCCCUCUCUACUCCCAGCGCUUAGAAAAAACGUUCCUGUUUCUCUGGAUGAAAAGCCAUAUCUAGUCAAUAACUCUGAUUUUGAUAUUUUAACAGAUGGAAGUUUUAACUAUGCCAUGUAGUUUCUGGUAUCUCUUGAUUGUUUUCAAAGGGUUCAAGGACUAGAGAACUUUUUAAAGCUUACCCUUGGUUUGCACAUAAAAUGUCUAGUCAAUAUGGGGCAUUAAUAUUCUUUUGUUAUUUAAAAACACAAAAAACACAAAAAUACAUACAGAUUCCUGAUGUAUAACAUCAGAACACGUGGCGUGGAACUGCGGCCUUCUGGGCACGUUUUUCUGCAUCGCUGGCAUACACACUCGUUAGCGUCCAUUUACUAUUUAAUUAGAAUGGGUAAGAUGUUAAAUGCCUUGGUUUCGAUUUCUAGUAUCUAUUGUGUUGGCUUUACAAAUAAUUUUUUGCAGUCUUUUGCUGUGCUGUACAUUACUGUAUGUAUAAAUUGUGAAGGGCCUGAAAUAAGGUAUAAGGAACUUUUGUAAAUGAGACACAUACAAAAAAAAAAUCUUUAAUGGUUAAUAGGAUGAAUGGGAAAGUAUUUUUGAAAGAAUUCUAUUUUGCUGGAGACUAUUUAAGUACUAUCUUUGUCUAAACAAGGUAAAACUUUUUUUUGUAACGUGAGAUGCUCUGCAUGCGUACUGAACCGUUUACAGUGUAUUUAAGAAAGGGAAAGCUGUGCCUUUUUUUAGCUUCAUAUCUAAUUUACCACUUUAUAGUCUCUGUUGUAAAUAGCCACACUUAAACUUCUUUGGUUGUCUCUAAGCCUUUCUACUUUUUCUGUAACAUUUUUUUUCUUGGUCUCCCGAGUGGGGAAUUUUCAAGACUCCAGUGAGUGGUUCUGGCUUCUGCUUUUUCCUGCUUCCAUCGGGGAUAACACAACAGUGUCUGCAGCUCCUGGCAGGUGGCAGUGCCCACUGGACCGAGGUCCUGAGAGUGCUGUCCUUCCCCUUUUCCACAAAAAGCAGAACCUAGAAACUCGGCUCAGAGAGCACAAUUCUCCCAUUUUAGGAAAUCUGAUUUUCUUCUCUGGGGGAAAAAUUCCAUGCACCCUCCACGUCUGUCAAAGAUCAGAAAGUGACCUCUGGCUUUGGACAGGGUUCUUCACGCCUGGAGCUGGUCAUGGGGCAGCAAUCAUGGCAGGAGGCACUGGGGCAACCCAUCUGGGCAAGAGUCAAUCAGGAUGGUGUGGAGACCCCCCAGAUCACUAGAAGCUUUUUAGAUUUUUUUAAAGGUAGGUUUUAAAAAUGAAAAUUUUAUACAUAAACAGUUUUGGAGGAAAAAAAACACAAAAACACUACAAAUCACAUAAGCAAGGCAGUGGCACUAAAAUUUUAAUUUAUUAAUCUGUCCAAUACUGAUGCAAUUUAUGGCUUUUCUCCUUUCCCGAAUCACAAACCUGCAUGUCUCUGGGGAAGCACACGAUGAUUGCACUAAGUAAUCUUUGAAUAGAGGCCAAGUUAAUCUUUCAAACGUGGUGAUGACUCUCAUUAGUACUCCGCAAAAUCACACAAAUUCCCAACACCUAAAACGCCCAAGCAGGAGGCUGGGACAAGGCUCCAGUGGGCCUGCGCUCUCCCACAGGGUUCACCGUGCAGGCAACAUUACCUUGUCAUUCACAAUGCCUGCCUUCUGCAAGGGGAAGCCCAGGGCCGCUGAACUCAGAGGGAGGGGCCUUUCUUACAUCCGUUGCAAUUUCAAGAAUUUAAUUUAUAGGCAGAUCUUUAAACGCAGCCAACUUACACGCACAGCAAUAUGAAAGCCACACUUCAAAGGUGGUGAUCCCCGGCAUGCAGAUGAGGGGUUCUGGGGCAAAGGAGCCGAGUUAACUCUUAAUGAAACUGGAAUUCCAUCUUAGCCGGGCCUGAGGUGGAGGAGGUCUGCAUUAGCUUUUUGUAUUAAUGAAGUUACUGGAUCCUGUGUCUCUGGGUAACUCAGCUUAACUAAACAGCAAAGCCAUAUUCUCUAAAUUCACUGUUGAAUGCCUGUCCCAGGCCAAACUGUCUGUCUGCUCUUAUUUUUGUACCAUAUUGCUCUUAAAAAUCUUGGUUUGGUACAAUUCAUAAUUCACCAAAACUUCAUAUAAUUAAAACACUAAAUUAGUUUAAAAUGAAGCAAUUUAUAUCUUUAUGCAAAAAUGUCUGUCUUUGCAAAGGACUGUAAGCAGAUUACAAUAAAUCCUUUACUUUAA